GAUUCGGAUGCAGUAAAGGUCAGCUUUAAUCUUGUAAUCUCAAGUCUUCGCCGAUUUUCUCUAUAUCUUGAUGGCUUCAGAGCCGAUUCAUUAAUAAUCUGAGUGAGUGGCAGGUGCUCGUCCUGUCGCAGGGAAUCCAGCCACUGAGGAGCACCUGCACGCAGCCAGUAUGGGUAAAGUACUCCAUACCCUGGCCAUUAUCGUGGCCACUGCGGUGGCGUUCAGCAGCGCUGCUCACCUGGCCGUCAAAGAUGAAGACCCGUAUGCAUUACCCGAAACUUUUCUGAUUGGAGCUGGCGUAUCGGCGAUCCAGACGGAGGGUGCCUGGGACGCGGAUGGAAAAAAGGAGAGCUCACCCGACCAUUUGCUGCACACCGGUAAACUCGCUCACCUGGGCUUCCAGGACCCGCACCAACACGACGUGGCGGCUGACUCUUACCAUCGCUAUAUGGACGACGUUAAAAUGGCCAAAGCGUUAGGGCUCCAGCUGUAUCGGUUCUCUGUAUCAUGGGGCCGCGUCUUUUUUGAAGGCGCGCGAAUUGAGAAGGGCAUUCAAUAUUACCACGAUCUCAUAAAAGCCAUUAAAGACAAUGGCAUGCAGCCACUAAUUACCUUGUACCACUUUGACCACCCACAGCAGUAUGAAGAUGAUUUUAUGGGAUGGCAAAGCGACAAGAUGGUUCCGAAGUUCGAAGAGUACGCUAAAUUUAUGUUUCAAGAAUACGGGAAAGAGGUGGACUUGUGGGUCACCAUGAACGAGCCCAACAUGUACUGCGCCUACUUUCCUUCAAUGUUUGUUGAGGCCGGACUUUACAAGGAGGAGGAUGCGAAUAUUUACAGGUGCAUGAGGAACUUGAUCCUGGCACACGCACGUUCCUACCAUGCAUUUAAGGACGCAGGCAUUUCUGGCCAAAUUGGUUUCACCGCUCUUCUGAUGCACGCCUCGCCAAAUUCAACGGCCCCCGAGGACGUUUACGCGGCCGACCUGUUUAACCAGGUGCACGCCGGACAGGUGCUGGCCCCGGUCGUGCUGGGAGACUAUCCGCAGGUGUUAAAGGACGAAUUGAGCGACAAAUUAACAGAAUUCACUCCUGAGGAAAAGGAGUUGAUUCGGGGCACUACUGAUUUCAUUGGUUUCAAUGUCUACUUCAGUAUGGUUGCUGCCUGGCAGGACCCCUCUUCCAGCGCUCCUUUUUUCAAAAUUCCCAUAAUGGGAAAACUAGUGGAGGACUUACCUCCUAGUACCUAUGUCAACAUCGCCGGAGAAAUCGACAUAAAGAACCCUAUGAACAUGUUCACAAGAAUUGCGCCAGAAGCGAUAAGAGACGCCGUUCUGUGGGUAUGGAACAGCUACAAAAAGCCGAUUAUAAUUACUGAAAACGGCCUUGGCGACUCUUUGGGUAUGGGGAAGAAAGAUCACCUUCGCGCGUCAUAUCACAGUGCUUACAUGAGAACUUUAGUAUCGACCAUGAAAGUGUUCAAAGUUGACGUCUUCGCAUACUGCGCUUGGAGUCUAAUCGACAGCUUCGAGUGGAGCGCGGGCUUCGGUCGGCCAUUUGGGCUUGUUCACGUCGACUUCGAGGGCAAGACAUUAGACCGCUCUCUUAAGGAAUCAUCUCAGUUUUGGAUUGAACUUGCUAAGAAGCGCGUGGUGCCACUCGUUGAAGAGCCUAUAACUACGACACCUGGGCCACCUGCAUCUUCCACAUCCUCCACGUCAUCUGCAUCUUCCACACCCUCCACGUCAUCUGCAUCUUCUUUGUCAACAUUCCUUUUACUUCCGGUCGGAGCUGUAUUAAUAACCCUUAAAUCAUUUCACUAAAGUGUGAAAAAGGUCUAUUUAACGAACAACUUAUAAAAAUAAAGAAUAAGAACACACGAACUAAUAAAAACUACUCGGUCUAGGCUAGGCAUACGGUUGA